AUGAGGAUGGAGAAAAGAGUGAAGAAUGAAACCCUUUUAUACACAAAUGAGAAACGAGAAGAUGGGUGCAAGGAACUCUACGCCCGCCAGUCACGGUACGAUGUAAUUUCAAAGGAUGAACUUGCUUGGCACUACGAAUGUACUUUUAAAUUGCCAGUCAAGGCCUCAUUUGAACGCCCUCUUACACAAAUUCUGGACGGUAAAUUCCCCCGGACUGGUGUGGAUGAUGUCCAGCACCAACUAAAUUCGGAGGAAGAAAACUUGUCGCAACUAGAAAUUCCCUUUCGCACUAAGGACACUUUAGUCAAUUCAACCGUCCAAUCCCAAACUCUUCUUUAUACAAAUACGUAUGAGAGGAUAUGCAUGAACCCAGGCCUGCUUUGGGUACAAGUAUGGGCUAUGGAUAGCAGCACUGAAGAUAGAGAGAAGUUGAAAUUAAAUCUAAGGUGA